AUGCCAGUGAAAUUAAAGUGGCCAUGGCUCGGAAUUGCGAUCCCAUCCUUUCUAGUGAGUUAUAUUGGAUAUACCUCCCAUUUUUUCAUUCUAUCCAAUUAUAUAGGUAGGCGGCGGUUGCUUGCUUUUCAACUCGCGCUAUCAAUGAUAUGGAUAUCGUACGUACUAGCUAUAAAGUCCAACCCAGGAAAACCACCUUCCAACUUUUCGCCCAGGGAGGGACAGUGGAGGAAUUAUUGCCGCAGGUGUAACAAUUUCAAGCCAGAAAGAACUCAUCACUGCAAAACCUGCGAUCAGUGUGUGCUUGUGAUGGACCAUCACUGUCCUUGGACCAUGAACUGUGUCGGCCAUAGAAACUUCGCACAUUUCAUGAGAUUUUUAUUUUGGGUCAUCUUUACAACUUCGUACUUGGGGGUUAUGUUAGGACAGCGAAUUUUAGACCAUUGGCAUCUUCGUAACUCUCACGCUUUCGUUCAUACUACGGAAUUGUGUUUCUUAGCUAUUAACACUCCAUUAAAUGCGUUCGUAUGGCUAACAAUGAUAAUGCUGUUCGUGAGGUGUGUCAAUAACCAAAUACUCAAUGGCAUGACGCAAAUCGAAUCAUGGGAAAUGGAACGGAUCGAGAAUCUGCUCCAUAGAAGAAGAUUAAUACCUCAGCUUUUGGUCAACUUGAGAGAGUUCUAUCCGAACUCAGAGUUAACCGGUGACGACGAUAAACAUCGAUUGAAUGAUGGUAGAAAGCUUCCAGUCGAGGACAUUGUGUGUUUUCCUUACGACUUGACCGUUUCGACGAACGCUUGUACUUUCAUGGGCCCAUUUUACAGCUGGUUAUUACCAUGGGGUCAGCCAGCCGGUGAUGGUGUCAACUUUGAAACCAAUGAAAUAGCAACUUAUGAGCCAGAGUCACCGCUGGAAGACAGAUUCAUGUCCCUGCCUUGGCCGCCUGAUGGAGGUCGCCAGAAAUCAGAGAAUGUGAAUCUAGAAACAGCUAGCAUUGCCAUUCAUAGUAGCAGAGGUGAGGCUGUGCUAAAAAAAAGACCUUUGCCCCCCCGGUUAAGCUCCCAGAGAAAAGAGUGGCAGAACGAAUGGGGCGAAAGUUUAGCAGAUUUUGGCGUAGAUGUAGAUGCUUAA